AUGGUGCUGCUGCUACUUGUGGCCAUCCCGCUGCUCGUGCACAGCUCCCGCGGGCCCGCGCACUACGAGAUGCUGGGCCGCUGCCGCAUGGUUUGCGACCCUCACGGGCCCCGAGGCCCAGAUCCCGACGGGUCACCCGCUUCUGCGCCUCCAUUUCCCCCAGGAACCAAAGGAGAGACUGGCCGGAGGGGCAAAGCUGGGCUGCGAGGACCCCCUGGUCCACAGGGCCCGAGAGGUCCCCCAGGAGAGCCUGGCAGACAAGGGCCCCCUGGACCCCCAGGCCCAGGCCCCGGAGGCGCAGUGCCUGCUGCCUAUUCUCCCCGGAUAGCCUUCUAUGCUGGGCUGCGUCGGCCUCAUGAGGGCUACGAGGUGCUGCGCUUCGACGACGUGGUGACCAACGUAGGCAACGCGUAUGAAGCGGCCAGCGGCAAGUUCACCUGUCCCAUGCCGGGUGUAUACUUCUUUGCCUACCACGUGCUCAUGCGCGGCGGCGACGGCACCAGCAUGUGGGCAGAUCUGAUGAAGAACGGGCAGGUCCGGGCCAGUGCCAUCGCCCAGGAUGCAGACCAGAACUACGACUACGCCAGCAACAGCGUUAUCCUGCACCUGGACGUGGGGGACGAGGUGUUCAUCAAGCUGGAUGGCGGCAAGGUGCACGGGGGGAACACCAACAAGUACAGUACCUUCUCUGGCUUCAUCAUCUACCCGGACUGAGCCCUCUCCCGACCCCUGCCCUCACUGAACCAUCAGGGCUGAGCCCUAUCCUCAGCCGUUCCAUGCCCACAUCUUAUUCCUUUUGCUUAAUUAGACUGCCAGGUCACAGUCCCUGCUUCUCCCCCAACUCCAGACAUAAACCAACAGAAUGAAAGCUUCUAGGGGACCAGCUAAGCCUCCGGUGGCAGAGAGGCAUAAUUUGGGGGGUGAUCCUUGUGAAAUAGAGGACUGAACCAAGUAUUGCAACACAAAGGUAGGUAGGCUCUAGGACCAGUGGUGUUAGGUGAGGCACAAAUGAAGGUCCUGGAGAAGGUUUGGCCCUAGGUUGGGAGGGAGGGCAAGGGUUCAGAGCCUGAUGUCCCCCCAUAGAAAGGUGGGACAGGCAGAGAGGUAGGCAACCAAUUAGGCAAGGAGAUAGUGAUAUACAACUAGUAAACACCAGCAUCUGGGGACAGGGAAGGGAAUGCAGAGCAUAAGAUCUAGACUCCAUGAGGUGUUCCGAAGAUACAGCUAGGCCUUGGGCUAGGAUGCUGGUCUUCUCCCCCAUCUCUACCCACUCCCUCAUCUCCACAAGGUAGAGGCUGGAGAUGGCUGCUCUUCAGUCCUUAUACAACUGAAUCCAGCCUUGGUCAGUAAACUGAAGGAGCAUUUUCUGGCAUUUUAAACCCAAAUUGUGCAGCUCCAUCCCUACCAUAUCCCAUAAUUGGACUGAGCCCUAGGGUUACAGUUACUGUUCUCUCUUCUAAUAAAACAAGG